AUGAUUUCAAGUUCCGAACUGUCGGUGAGCGAGCGCGCGGGGCUGAUCUUUGGCGUCUUGGACGUGUUGACCUCUGACGUGUCGCACGUUGAGCAGGGCUGCUGCGACCCCACCACCUGCACGGACCUUGUCUGCGGCAGCAAUUUAAAGACGUAUAAGUGCAUGUGCGAGCUGGAGUGCGUCGAUUACUACUCGGAUAUGUUUACAGAGUCCCCUGUUACCUCAAAAAUGCCGCUGUACAAAGUCCACGACGGGAACUGCACCCCGCAGCCGUGCGACUGUCCCCCCGACCCCACCGGACCGUUCUGCGGGAACGACACCCUGACGUACUUCAGCGAGUGCGUGCUCUCUUGUACCAACUCGACCACCUUUAAAGUGCACGAGGGGCCGUGCAAGAACGGGACGGACGAAACAACAGUGCGACCAUUUUAA